GUGGUCACGCUGCCGUUGCGGAGUUUUUUUUAAUUUCAACGUCGGAGACGGAGAGAGAGUGAAGUCCGUGGACAGAAACUCGGCAAACACGGAUUUCCUGUGGGAUAAGCACACGGGGCUGGCUGCGAAGACGUCCACAGAUGCUUUGGCGUGAGGAUCCCCGGAUGUUGAAGGAGGUGGAAUUUUGGGUUUGGACUAGGGCCUCAAGAGCAGGCCCUUCGGCCCAACAUAUCUGUGCUGACCAUUCUCACCUGUAUGCACAAGAUGCCUCGUUUGAGGCGGUACCGUUCGUCAGACCGGGAGAGCCGGGACAGUUUCCACGAACGUUACAGGAGAAGCAGGCGUGGGAGACGGAGAUCCCGAUCACGAUCCAGAAGCAGUGAUCGACAGCAUAGGAAUGAAAGCUACAUCAGGUCCAGGAGUAUUGAGCACUGUUCGUGUGACCGACGACUGUACAAUGAAAGGAGGUACUGUGAUGCUUACCGGGGUCAUUACAGCCGAGACCAGGGAGAUGGCUACCACGAGACGGACUACUGCUCUCGCAACUCGUAUGACUACCGUCGCUCGCAGGAACGGGACAGGAGCUACAGGAGUCGGAAGAGCAGCAGACGUAAGCACAAAAGGCGGCGCCGCAGAAGCAGGUCAUAUAGCCGCUCCUCCUCGCGGAGUCAUCAGAGCAGCAGAAGGGCCAAGAGUGUGGAAGAUGACAACGAGGGCCAUCUGAUCUAUCGCAACGGCGACUGGCUACAAGAACGAUAUGAAAUUGUUAACACUUUAGGUGAAGGAACCUUUGGCAAAGUCGUACAGUGUAUUGACCACCGCAGGGGUGGCUCACGGGUGGCUCUUAAAAUAAUUAAGAAUGUGGAAAAAUACAGAGAAGCUGCCCGUCUAGAGAUUAAUGUACUGGAGAAAAUUAAUGAGAAGGAUCCAGAUAAUAAGUUUCAAUGUGUACAGAUGUUUGAUUGGUUUGACUACCAUGGACAUAUAUGUAUCUCUUUUGAACUACUCGGACAGAGCACGUUUGAUUUCUUGAAAGAUAAUAAUUACACGCCGUAUCCUAUUUACCAAGUGAGACACAUGGCUUUGCAGACUUGCCAUGCAGUUAACUUUUUACAUGACAACAAGCUCACUCACACUGACCUAAAGCCAGAGAACAUUCUUUUUGUAAAUUCCGACUAUGAAGUUGUGUGUAAUGUGGAAAAGAAACGUGAAGAGCGAGUGGUUAAAAACACAGCGACCAGGGUUGUAGACUUUGGCAGUGCCACGUUUGAUCAUGAGCACCACAGCACGAUCGUUUCCACAAGACACUAUAGAGCACCAGAAGUUAUUUUGGAGCUUGGGUGGUCCCAGCCAUGUGACGUAUGGAGCAUAGGCUGUAUCAUUUUUGAAUAUUACCUUGGCUUUACACUUUUCCAAACACAUGACAAUCGAGAGCAUUUGGCCAUGAUGGAGAGAAUCCUUGGACCAAUCCCAGCACGUAUGAUCAGAAAGACCAGGAAACAGAAAUACUUCUACCGUGGUCGCCUGGACUGGGAUGAAAGCAGUUCUGCAGGAAGAUAUGUACGAGAUAACUGUAAGCCAUUGAAACGAUACAUGAUUGCCGAGAGUGAGGAGCACUGCCAGCUGUUUGAUUUAAUCGAGAGAAUGUUGGAGUAUGAGCCAUCCAAAAGGAUAACUCUGGCAGAAUGUCUGCAACAUCCUUUCUUUGACUGUCUCAAAACGGAACAGAAAAACACAAAAGGCUGGGACUCCAAUCGAGAUAUCAGUAGAUGACAUAACGCUGGGCUGGGGACUUCGAGGGGGAGGGGGAAGAGAGAAGAUCCUUUAUUUUGUUUGGGCUUAACUUAUUCCUUCAAACUGCUGCCCAUGUCUUCCUGGGCUGCUGUCUUCAGAAUGGGUCUUUAAUCGGUGAGAAGCAGAGAUUAGAAAGUUCCAGUGAUCAGCAGUGAAGCUCCAAGGUGGGAAGAGGAGAACAGCUCCGCUCCCCUGCUGGUUUCCUUUCUGCUCACUGUUUGUGUGUUUUCAUCAGAGCCCCGAAUGCCUGUACUCUGCUGAUGGAGAGACACACUAAAGCACCUCAGUGAGAGACUACAGCAUAAAGACAGCUGAUCGGACUGGAUGCCUUUGUCAUCAACCUGCUGUGGCAGCUUUAAAAACCAAGGCACUCCUGACUUUGAAAGGGUGGCUGUUGGGUCUGAGUUCGUUGCUGGUGUGACUGUUAAUGGGCACUGAGCAUCAAAUGGAACACUCUUCCCCACAGAGAGAGACGUCUAAACAGUGCAAGUGAUGUUUGCACCCUGUGAAUUACACUGAAAUGCCGCAACUGGUUUAAUUCUGCUGAUCUGCCAUUGUCACAACUCAGCACUUCCACUGUGUUUACCUUCCACCCACAACUUCUGCUGUAAAUAUCAUCUCAAGGAGAGUCUCCUGCUGGUUUAUUGGAAAAUUGCCAUGACAGUAAAUUCCAGAUUGUAAAUCUUACUCCCCUCUUCCCUACCCCCCACAAUCCCCACGUUUACAACAUGUCAGCAGCUGUGGUUAUGUAGAUGACUGGAGUGGGAGGAUGUUACAGGGAAGGGUUGGGAACUUGUUGUGAUGGUUUAAAAUGGGUUGACUGAUAUCUGCUUUACCAUCAGUGUUUUUAUAAUAAAAAGCUUUGUAUUGUCUCACUGAAA